AUGCGGCGACUGGGUGUGCCGGGUUGCGCCACACGCUGGAUCAGGGCCCUACUCAGCGACCGGCGCGCUAGAGUGAGAUGGGGCACGUCAGCCUCCCGGUGGCGGGUCUUCCAGGAGGGCCUGCCGCAGGGCAGCGUGCUCGCCCCUCUCCUCUGGCUCAUCUACUGCAACGACAUCGACGACCAACUCCGGGCCGGAGACUCGAGCCCAACGGUCUCCCUCUUCGCGGAUGAUGUGGCCCUUCUCGCGACGGGCCGCUCUCUGCAGGAGUGUGCGGACAGGCUCCAACCGGCCCUGGACGAGGUCAGCCGCUGGGUGAAGACUUGGAAGGUCCAACCUAGUCCAUCCAAGUGCGUGAUGACCACCUUCACGCUGGACCCCAAGGAGUGCGGCGGCAAGGUCAAGCCCCAGCUCAGCUUCUGCGACCAUCCGCUAGGCUACGAGGAGACGCCCACCUUCCUCGGCCUGAAGUUGGACUGCCAGCUGACCUUCGCCGCCCACAUCGCCGCCCUCAGAGAGAAGAUGGCAAAGCGCCGUGCUUGCCUGUCAGCGAUUGCCGGAAGGAGCUGCGGAAGCCACCGUAGCACACUCCGCAUCGCCUACAAGAGCUACGUGCGCUCCCUCUUCGACUACGGGGCGGCCAUCUACUUCACCCAUGCGGCACCGGCUGUCCGCGAGCGCCUGGAGGUAGAGCAGCGGAAAUGUGCGCGCCUGAUUACCGGCUGCAUCAAGCUCACGGAUAAGGAGACCCUGGUGGCGGAGGCAGGCCUCCCUCCGCUAUCACUCCGUGCCAAGGAGCUAGCAGCCGGCGAGUACGCGCGCAUAGUCCGUCUACCUCCGGGAGACCCCGCUCGCAACCUACUGGACAAGACACCACCACCGAGACUCCGCUACCGGGCCCACGAGGCAUGGAGGCGCGCGGUGACGUCUGCCGAAGAGGCGGGUCUGCCACCGCCGCCACCGGCAGACGAAGACGCGACCCUCUCAUUCAAGCCAUGCUUCCGUCGGGUCGGUAGGUGGGUCUGCGACAGGGCGGGCUUGAGCGACCUCCCAGUGGAGCCCCUGGCACUUUACCAGGGCGCACCACCCUGGCACCACUGUGGAGACGCCGUCCGUUUCGUGCUGGACCUGCCGCAGCCCACAAGGAGGACAGACCUGCCGGAAAAGAGAAAGGAGGCGGCGUUAGCGGCGCUGGCCCUCGUCCCCGAUCCAGACUGUACCAUCUGGUCGGACGGAUCCGCCAAGGAAGGCACCAUCCAAGGCGGCGGUGGAGCGAUCCUGGAGCUUCACCGCGAGGGACGCACAAUAGAGUGCGUGGCACCGGCCGGUCGAGUGUGCAGCAGUAUGAGGGCGGAGCUGGUGGCAAUGACGGAGGCCCUGACGUGUCUCCAUGAGCUACCGGCCCCCUCUAAAGCACUCAUCAAGAGAGUGCUGCUCUGCACAGACUCCCGGUCGGGGCUCCAGCUACUUAGCCGCGGCCCGGACGACCAACAGUCGGCCAUCGGUCAGCGCGUCUGGGGCCUAAUAGACGCGCUGACAGCCGCAGGGAAGGAUAUCACCCUGCACUGGGUCCCGGGCCACGCCGACCUCGCCGGCAACGAGGCAGCCGACCGCCUCGCCAAUCAAGCCGCCGCCGACUGCGCUCAAGAGGAGGCCCCGAUCGACCUCUCCAGCGCGCGGACAGCCAUCCGUCGCUGGACAUCGGAGCUGGCCUCCGCAAGGGCGCAGCGGCACCCAUAUCGAGAACCUACUCCGAGCCACGAUGAGCUGGACAGGUGGGGCCAGGCCACCCUGUCCCAGCUUCGCACCGGCUACUGCCCACUGGUGCGAGCCACAGCUCAUCGCCUCGGCCUGGUCGAAGACCCGACCUGCCGAGCCUGCGGCGAGGAGGAGGAGGACGUGGAGCACCUCCUGGCCGGGUGCCCUGCACACGUGGCGGCGAGGGCCGGCUUCUGGGGGCACUGUCCGACCCUGGCGGAAGUGCUCUCGGGGCCGGCCCAACACAUCAUCAGUUAUCUGAAGAGAGUGGGGCGGGUGCAGGUCGCCACCGACCCGCCCCCGCCGGCCGCGCCUUAA